AUGGUACGACCAAAGAACAAAGAAGAGGCCGAUAAUUGGUAUAUCGUGGAGGAUCGGAAACAGCGAAAACGCAUCCAAGACCGCCUAGCACAGCGUGCCAGACGAAAACGGCUGGCAGAGCUCAAAAUCGGUCGUUCUGGAAAAGACCCUGUUGUUGCGGAAAAUGCAAGUCUUUUGGCACUAUCAACAUCUGCCGGCGGACACCCGGCAUUGAGAGAAGAGAUGUCGUUAGGUUGCAACUCGCCUGUGGGUUCGUUGAUACCCAUUCCACCAGCUAAAGGGAAACCAUUGGAGAUAGAGUUGUCUAUGAACGUUUGGACUGCUCUCUACUUGAAUGGCUCCAUAAUGGGACUCAGCUGUUCAACAGCUUAUCCCGCCAAGUCACGGCCAGUAGAUCCAAGCAUACCCAGCACACUACAGCCAACUGUACUACAGCUGAUGACCAUCCAUCCGACAUGGAUUGACCGCUUUCCCUUUCCCGAGAUGCGUGACAACCUGAUAAAUGCCAUCAGUCUUGUAGAAGAAGAAGACUUCUUGCGCGAUUUAUUUUGCAUGAGUAGCUUCAAGAUCAAGCCCGGUGGGGCAACAUGGGAUCCGGAUGCUUGGAUCAUAGGCGAAGCAUUUCGAUCUCGAUCGAAGAUUGAGGUGAAUUGGACACUGAUACGAAAUCACGAAUACUAUUCCGUUACUUGCCCAACAAUGUGA